AUGACACUCACUAUCUUGGACGUUCCGCAAGACGUUCUCGAAAUCAUCUUUCUACAUCUUCACCCAAAAAGCUUCCUCAACUUCUGUUGUAUCACCAAACAGUUCUGGACAGAUCAAUAUCGAAAUCCAACCUACUGGCGUGUCUCGGCGUCAACCACUUUUCGCAUUCCCAUUUCACCACUAUUGCACGCAGAAGGUGAAAGAUGGUACUGGCUAUACAAGAAGCUACGGACCCAGACCAAGGCUUUCACCUGGGGUCAGGGUUCUAAUGGCGAGCUCGGUCUGCCCGUGCUUCCUCGAAGUCAUACAUCUGCACAAUUACCGGUCGUGGACACAAGGCUGAACCGUAAUUUGAUCCGUCAGGGGAAUCCAUCACGCCGGCAGCCAGUCAAUCGAACUAACGGGCCGGCAGAUGGAAUGCCAUUGUCUAACCGAAGAAAUAUCUCAUGGCCCUCAACCAUGGACAUUCCCGAAGAAGUGGGUGCUAUCGCAGAUCUGCAAUGUGGUGGAUGGUCGACCACGCUGCUCAGCUCUCAGGGUGAUCUAUAUUCAGUCGGAUUGCUCUGCGGAGAGGAGUAUGUGUCGCCUGGACAGUCUUACGACAGAUUAACCCGGCUUGACUAUCGAUCGAGAGUACCCAUCAAAAGCUUUUCAGCAGGUCGAAAGCACGUGAUUGGUCUCGACGAAGAAGGAUAUGUGUGGUCAUGGGAUCGUAUUGAGGCACCUGCUUGGCAGAUCUGCGACAAAACCCCCAUGAAGGCAUCGACCGUUGUUGGUGGGUGGAGCGUAAGUUCUGCUUACACGAAAGAAGGCAUUGAAUAUUGGCGUGUACCCAGUGGAAUUUUUGGUGAAGGCACGGAUCAAAUGAGGACGCCAUUAGGCUCGGACAGUCUAGACGCAGCGGGCCAUGAAGGCGAGUCGAGCGCUGAUGCAGGAAUGUUCGUCAAGACCACGGUCAUCCCCGGAACCGGUUUUCGCUCCCAGCAGCCGCAGUCGGAAAUAGUCCACCAACUGGGCCAGGUACUGAGCCAUAUUGUUCUGGAAGCCUACAUCGUCUUCAUCACAGACCUGGCUAAGGUGUUUGCAUGCAGGAUUGUUGAGGACAGCGAUCCGGCAGAGCUCUCGUUUGAGGUGUCAGGUUUCUCGGCGCCAGGCCGACAGCUAAAGGAUAUUCAGGGUUCCUUUCGAAACUUCGCCAUCUUUACAGCCACGGGAGAGGUCUUGUCUGGCAACCAAGAUUACCUUGACCGUCUUUACAGCUGGAGGACGGCCUCUACCGAAGCUGACCACUAUGUCAUUGGUCUAGAGGAGGCCGCAAUGGGUGAAGCACGGCUGGGAGAUAUUCCAGCAUUGCAGCACAGAGGAGUCAUCUCCAUCGCUUACGGAGAUUACCACUUCCAUGCACUUCAUUCAGAUGGGCAAAUCACUUCUUACGGCGUCGAACCUCGAUGCUGUGGUGCUUUGGGUUUGGGUGACACAAGCGGCGGUGCAAGAUUUCGCGGCGUCAAGUUCGGAGGUGGUAAUAUAUGGAACCGAGAUGCAAGGUUGCUGCCCAUUGGAUAUCGACAAGGGCGAGAGAUAUGGUUUUCGAAGUCGCAGGAGGCAUGGCUCAAACGAUUGGAGGAUCUGAUACGAACACCGGAAGCGUAUCCACUUCACCAUCCCACGUUUGCGGCUCUUGAUGGGCAAGAGGAUAAGCAGGGAGCCUACAGUGAGUGGGUAGAGCGGGAAGGACGAGCGUGGGAGGACGGUAUACAGAAUCAGGAUGGACUGCGGAGUUACUUUGCCAUUUCCGUUGCAGCGGCAGGCUGGCAUAGCGCGGCAUUGGUGUUGGAGAACACUGAAAUGGCGAAGAAGAUCGAGGAGAAGUGGUCAGACAAGGAAGGAAGAUAUAUCUGGGAGAGUCAUGGAUUCCCCAGAAUCAGCUUGCCCACAGGCUUUGAAUUUCCGGGUUCGGGAGAAUUGCAUGAAUGGAGGGGAGGUAUGCCUUCGGUCGAGGAGCUCGGCCUCGCUGAGCAGGAUGUUGACACAGCUUGA